CUCUUAAAUAUUUUUAAAUUUUUUUGUGUUUUGUGUUGUUCUCUGUUCGUUUUUUUUUUGUAAUUGAGUAAUAAAAUCAAAACAAAGUUUUUGGUAAAAGUUUGACAGCUUUUUUUUUGGUAGAAUGUUGAAAAACGCGCGCCUUUUGCUUGGCGUUUUCAUAUUGUUUGCCAGCCUCAUAACGGAUACACAAGCAACAGCGAAUAAUGAAAGCAAUUUUCUGGAAACAUCGCUCAGAUAUUUGGAUGAACAGCUACUAUUCGAUUUACUGCCCAGGGGCACGUGUCCCGGCGAAGAGGCCGAUGCACCGCUGGAUGAAUUCCCAGAGUUCUUUACACUGGAACAGCUACGCCAGGGCUGGGUAGUAUUGCACGUCUUUGCCGCAAUAUAUUUCUUUAUAUUGCUGGCGAUAAUAUGCAAUGAUUAUUUUCUGCCCACCGUCGAGUGCAUCUGUGAGGAUCUUCAUCUGUCCAAGGAUGUGGCAGCUGCAACAUUUAUGGCAACGGCCACCUCAAUGCCAGAGUUCUUUACAAAUACAAUAAGUACGCUUAUACUCGAUUCGGAUAUGGGAUUGGGCACAAUUAUUGGAUCCCUAAUGUUUAAUACAUUGGGUGUAGCGGGUCUUGCGGCGCUUUGUAUUAAUAAGCCAGUACAAUUGGAUUGGUGGCCCAUAGCGCGAGAUUGUAUUAUCUAUAUAUUUAAUACUAUCGUUUUGUUGGUACUCGCUUGGGGUGGAAGCAUCAGUUUUGUUGAAUCCUGCAUUAUGAUGGGCUUCCUGGUGCUCUACUAUCUCAUCACGUUCAACAAUAACAAAUUUAUGCCCGCCAUACGCGUCUUUAUUGAGGAUCGCAUGAAUUGUUGCUUUUCCACGCGUUACGAUCUGACCGAACCCCCAGAGAACAGUGCUAAAGCUCAGUUGCCAUUGAAAAAGGAUCCUCUGUCGGGUGAUGGUCUAUUUGUGGUCAACUUUCCGGAGAAUACAUCUUCCAUGUCAUCCACAGCAAAUUUGACGCAUUCAAAGAACUGGAAUGGCGAAGAUGAGGAUGUGGACCAGGGACCAGACAGCAUCUUUGCAUAUCCCCACAAUGCAUCUAAUUUCUAUAAAUUCUGGUGGGUCUUUGUAUUCCCCAUCAAACUGUUACUGCGCGUCCUCAUUCCACAUCCGAUGCGACAUCGCCGCUUGUAUCCAUUAUCCUUCAUCAUGUGCAUCAUCACAAUCGGCGCUAAUGCCUAUGUGAUUGUCUGGAUGUUGACGGCCUUUGGUGUCGCCAUUCGUGUACCUACGAUUGUCAUGGGUCUCACAUUCCUCGCCGCUGGAUCCACAAUGCCCGAGGCGGUUUCCAGUCUGAUCUCAUUACGAAAUGGUGAGAGUGGCAUUGGAGUGUCCAACUCGUUGGGCGCCAAUUCCCUGGCCAUCUUGUUAUCGCUGGGAGUGCCAUGGUUCGUGAAGAACUGUAUGAACUACAGCAGCGGGGAGAAGCAACAGGUCGGCACCCAAGGCAUCGAGUAUAACAUUAUCAUAUUGAUAUUAUCGACAAUUGCGCUAUUUAUUAUCUUAAGUUGUAGUGGCUAUCGAUUAACGAAACGUGUGGGCGUGGCCCUAUUUACCGUUUACACAGUGUUCAUAGUGCUGCAGAUAUUGAUCGAGAUGAACGUGUUCUUUCCACUCGUUUGCAGCAGCUAGUUCCGAUUACACACUAUCGAUUCCAAAAUUAGUUCCGAUUACACUUCCCAUACCAACUUUAGUUCCAGUUGCAGUUGCAGUUCGAUAAACGCGAAUUUCGAGCUGGAGUUUCAUGCUAUUUAGCUUCUGGCUGGCACCAGAGCAACAACACGCACUGAAUGAAAUUUCAAAAUCAUUGAACUUAUUCCGUUAAAUUCAAACUGUCAACUUUAGUGCAAUAGAUCCAUGUAUAUAUGUAUAUAUCGAUGUGACCUUAGUUAUUAUUUCGUUCUAACUAAACAAAAUUCAAAUGUUUUAAUAACUUCAGUCAUUGGGAAAUGUUUUCGAUUUUUUUUUUCGUAUUGUUCUGUUAGCUUAGGUACUUCUUAAGACUGUCUACUGUUUAGGUAUGAAUAAUCCACUGCUACAGACUUUCCCCACUGUACACACCAACACACAACUAUUUAUAAUACCCUAUACGUCACAAAUUUCAACUGGUACCAAAGCGCAACAUUCUAUAAUAUAGGAGAUAGAAGAGAGUUAUAAGCUCCAAAGCGAAUUACCAAUAAGUAACCAAAUGCUGUAUAUAAUUAUAUAUAGUGUAUAGAACUAUCUAUAUAUUAACUAUAUAUCUGUAUAUAUAUAUAUAUAUAUGUACAUAUUUUAAGUGCCCUGCGAUAUUUAUGGCCUUUGGCUAGACUUUUCCUUAAUUAUGUAUAGGUAUAUUGAUAUCAAUGUUGAUAUUUCAUAAUGUGUACGCAUUAUUAUAAUUGUUACCAUUACCAUUACCAUUACCGUUAUUGUUACAGUUACAUAACUAAAUACAUUUUGUUAUUAAUUUAUACAAAUACAUUUAACGACAAAUAUUACCAA